UUUUAUUUUGGCAGUCCGUUGGUCUGUCUUCUCUUAACCUCCACUUCCUGCCUUUAUUUUGUUUUGUUUUUGAUUGUGUGCCCCGCCCUGAUUGGUUUCACCUGUGUCUCAUCACCUUGUGUAUAUCUGCUGUCUUGCUCCUCCCCUUUUGUCUUAGCACCUCAGUGCUGAGUGUUGCAGCUUGUUCCUUGUGUCAUUUGAGGGUUUUGUUUUGUGGCCAGCGGGUUUUGGACUCACUGCCACAGAGAGGAGAGGGAAGUUGGAAAGCAGAGAUCGAUGAAUUGUUGGGUUUGGUUUUCCUGUGAGAAACAUACAGAAGAACUUUCUGAGAGAAGUUGUGUUUGCCCCAGUCGAGGUGUGCUGGCUGUGGUUGUGUCUGACUGUGGUUGUGUCCAGCAUCCAGGCCCUCUAAGCCCAGUAACAAGGCCAUGCUGGGCCACAGCUAAAGCCUCCAGCACCACUAACAAUGGAGCAGGGCUUUACAUGGGGCUGCAGCAAACUGCUGACUGUCCACUAGUGCUAAUACGUCCCUAUUCUGUACUGUCUCGCUGCUGUCGCCUCUCCCUCACGCACACGCACAAGUGCACACACACACACGUAUGUCUAUCUGUCACUCUAUGAUGGCCUGCAGAAGAAAGAGAAAGUUCACUGGUCCAUAUGUUGAUAUGCACACACACUGAUGAGACAGUCCCUCUCUUCUCCUGUCUUGCUCUCUUUCUGUCUCACGUUCUGGUCAUCCCUCCCCUCCAUCCAUCCCCCUCUCUCCCCCAAUCCUGGGACCCCUCCACCGUCUGUCUCUCUCUCUCUCUCUCUCUCUCUCUCUCUCUUGCUUUCUGUCUCUUCGUGGUCCACACUGACAGUGUAGCUCGGUCUCCCGUGGGCCCAAACAUCAAACCGACUCGCCCAGAUCUGCUCAGACACCCGCCUGCCUCCCCUCAGCUCUGACGCCCAGUUCUCCCAGCCCCACGGCCCGUGUGCGGGCUGCUCCGUCGGUGUGUCUCCUCCAUCGGCUUCCUGCUGCGGACCAUGUGUGAGUGUCUGCGUGGAAUAUUCAGAGUCACCUGGACGCCCUCCUCCAAUGCAGACUCUGACAGAGACCAAGAGGACAGCCAUGUUUUCAGCCAGACCAGAGAUCCAGCCGUGAAAGACAGGAGGCGGUCGCCCCCCUCUGACAGAUCCCCAUCCACCCAACAACGCAACCCUCACCACAGCAGCUCCACAGAGGAACAGGAGAGCCCUGAGAGAGUGGUGCAGAAGGAGAAGCUCCAUGCAGAGCUGAAGCAGGUGCUGAGUCAGAAGAGAAGUCACCUGAGAGAGUCGACCUGCCAACUGGCCCAACCAGAGAUGGACUCAGAGCCCACAGACGAACAGACAAGUGGGGAGGAAGCCCCUAAGUCGGUGGAAAUUGUGGUGGAGACGGAGGCGGAGGCUGGAGCCAGCGGCUACAGUGUGACUGGAGGAGGACAGCGAGGGAUUUUUGUUAAAGAUGUCCUUAAAGACUCACCAGCUGCUAAACAUCUCAGUCUAAAGGAAGGUGACCAGCUGCUGAGUGCCAAGGUCUACUUCGACAACGUAAAGUAUGAAGACGCUCUGAAGAUCCUUCAGUGUGCAGAGCCAUAUAAGGUCAGCUUCCAGCUGAAGAGGACCAUCCCUGGAGCAGAGGUCAGCAUGCGGCCUCGUGUUCCCAGUGUGGAGGUCAAAGGUCCCAAAGCCAAGAUGACCAAAAUGAGUGUGAAGGGCAGCAAACCAUUCAAGGCCAAGAAGAAGAGAGGCGGUCGUUUUGGCCUGAAGAGGCUGAAAGAGAAACGCAGAGAGGAGCUGGUGAUAGAGGGAACACCCCCCAGGCUGGAGAAGAGUGACGUGGACGUGGAGUUUUCUCUCCCCAAGUUCAAACAGAGGAGGAGUGUGAAGGCUGAAGCAGAAGGAGCAGCAGCUGUGGGGAAGGCAAAAAGGAGGAUCAGGUUUCCCCACAUGAAAACAAAGGCUUACGCUGGAGCAGAGACGGUGGAAACAGGACAGCUCGAGGGACAGGUGAAUGUCUCUCCAUCUGAGAUACCUGGAGCAAAGGUGAAAGCCAAAGGAAAAGGAUACAAGUUUGGAAUCACCUUUCCUAAGCACAAACAGACAAAGUCAGGCUCUGCCCUGGGAAGUGGAUCUGUGGAGGUGAAGCCCCCAGGCGUGAACAUCCAGCCACCAUCAGUGGAGUUUGGUUUAUCUGGUGAUAAAGACAUUGAUGUGGGAAAGGAAAGCAUUAAGAUUAACACGCCUGAUGUGGAGUUUGCACUCCCUUCAGGAAAAGCUGAGGCUUCUUUGCCGGCUGUGAAGGGAAAGGCAGAAAUUAAAGUUCCUAAAAUUGAAAUCAAAGAAGGAAUUGAUACAGAAGCAGCUGUGGGAGAAGUUAAUGUAGACAUGGGCAAAGGAGAUGCAAAGCUAAGAAUGCCAAAGUUGAAACUGCCCAAAGUUAGACUCUCACGUCAUUCGGAUGAGAUAGAUGGUGACAUCAAGGUAAAAGCCAAAGGGAAGAAAGUGCCUCACACUGAUGUAACACCUCCAAAAGUAGAAAUCAAAGCAGGUGGUGAGAUUGGUCUCCCCGAAGCAAAUAUCAACAAACCAAAAAUCGAAGGUGAUCUCUCCGGGACAGCUGCAUCUAUUCAGAUGCCCUCUGUGGAUAUUUCAUUGCCAAAAAUGAAGGGAAAGUCUGACAUCAAUGUAUCACUCCCAGAGUAUGAAGUAGCCGGGAAGACAGCAGUCAAAAUGCCUGCCAUUGACAUCACUGUUCCUGAUGUUGAUUUGGAAUUGGACACUAAGAUUCCUGAUGAGGUGGAGGGCACUUUUAAAGGGCCCAAAAUUUCCAUGCCAAAGGUUGAUAUCUCAUUACCAAAGAUGGAAUCAUUUGGUGUGGAUACUGAAGGUACAGAAGGUGGAGGGAAAUUCAGCCUACCCUCAGUUGACAUCUCCCUCCCAAAGGCUAAAGCAGAGGGGGGAGAUGUGAAAAUGGACCAUUAUGUUGGUGGCGAUGGGAAGUUCAAAAUGCCUGAUUUUGACAUAUCUUUCCCAAAAAUGAAGUCACCAGAAGCAGACAUAAAUAUAAAAGGACAAGAAGGGGGCUUCAAGUUACCCAAAGUAGGCUUGACCCUUCCCAAAGGCGAAGCAGAAACAACCGAUAUUGAAGAAGGUGGAAAAUUUCAGUCACCAUCAUUUGAUGUCAACCUCCCUAAAAUGACAAGUGAGGUCGAAGUCGAAAUCAAAGGCCCUGAAUUAAAAGGUGGUAAAUUUGAAAUGCCCACACUCGACAUUUCUCUGCCCAAAGGCAAAGUGGAAGGAGAUGUUGAAAGGGAAGGGAAGGGAGGAAAAUUCAAAAUGCCUUCCUUGGAUGUUUCUCUACCAACAGAGGUAAGGAUCGAAGGUCCUGAAGCUAAAGGAGGAAAGUUCCAGAUGCCUGGUCUUGAGGGACCAUCGCAUGAUAUCUCUCUUGCAAAUGUAGAGGGAAACAUACAAACUAAAGGUAAAGGAGGACAUUUUCAUAUGCCCUCAAUUGAUGUUUCUCUCCCCAAAAUAACAUCAAAGCAAGGUGACAUCAACAUUGAGGGACCAGAAAUCAAAGGUGGGGAAAUUAAAGCACCAAUUAUUGACAUCUCACCUCCGCAAGGAACAUUACAAGGUGAUAUCACAUUGGAGGCUGGAGAAAUGGAAAAUAAAUUCAGCCUGCCACCUGUAGACAUUACCCUUCCUGCAGUAAAAUUCCCUGAAGGAGAUUUUCAAGGGCCAAAAGUUAAAGGUGGAAAGUUUGAAAUGCCAAAAAUUGACCUCUCACUUCCUAAAGGAAAAGGCAUACAGGGAGACAUUGACAUUGAUAUUCACUCAGGAAAAGUUGGGGAUAUUGAAGUACCAACCAUUGAUAUUGCACUUCCAAAAGGAAAAGUCAAAGGUGGCAUAAAUGUUAAAGGUCCAACAGGAGGGGUGGGUAAAUUCAAAAUGCCAAAAUUUGAUAUUUCACUUCCAAAGACAAGCCUUCCUGAGUGUGAUGUCAAAGUGGAAGGACCAGAGAUGAAAGGAAAAGUUGAAAUGCCCUCUGUUGAUAUUGCACUCCCAAAAGGAAAAAUAGAGGGAGAUGUUGACAUUGAAGGCCAUGGGGGUAAAGGAGGCAAGUUUCACAUGCCUUCUAUUGAUAUUACACUUCCGAAAAGAAAAACAAAGGAAAUCAAUGUUGAUGUAAAAGGACCUGGAAUUCAAGGAGGAAGCUUUAAUAUGCCAUCACUUGACAUUUCAGCACCUAAAAUAAAAUCUCCUGAGGUAAACCUUGAAGGUCCAGAUGUUAAAGGUGGACAUUUCAACAUACCAGCUGUUGACAUUUCACUUCCAGAAGCAAAUGCAGGCAUCAGCGUAGAAGGUCCUGAAGGGAAAUGCGGGAGAAUAAAAAUACCUAAGUUUGACCUUCCAUUACCAGAGGCUGAUGUAAAAUUUAAAGGGCCUGAGAUCAAGGGCGGGAAGAUUGAGAUACCAGACACUGACAUUUCAUUCCCUAAAGGAAAAGAAGAAGGAGAAAUUGAAUUUGAAGGGUAUGGAGGCAAGUUCCAUAUGCCCUCACUUGAUAUUUCUCUCCCAAAAAUGAAAGCUAAGGGACCAGAGGUAAACAUAGAAGGUCCGGAACUUAAGGGAGGAAAAAUCACCGUGCCAGAUGUUGAUCUUUCACUCACCAAAGGAAAGGUGGAUGCUGACCUCAGUGCUGACGGUCCUGAAAUGAAAGGAGGGAAAUUCAAAAUGCCCAAAUUUGAUGUUUCACUUCCAAAGAUGAACCUGCCAGAGGGCAAUGUGGAAAUGCCAACAGUUGAUAUUUCACUCCCAAAAGGAAAGGUAAAGGGAGUUGAUGUUGAUAUUGAAGGGCCCAAAUUUAAAAGUGACUUUUCAUUUCCCAAAAUUAAGUCUCCAGAGGUAGAUGUUAGCCUUGAAGGCCCUGAGGUGAAAGGAGGGAAAUUCAAAAUGCCUAAAUUUGAUGCUUCCCUACCAAAAGUGAGUCUCCCGAAGGUUGAUGCCAAUGUGGAAGGACCAGAUAUGAAAGGAAAAAUUGAGAUGCCAAGUGUUGAUGUUUCACUUCCCAAAGGAAAAGUUGAGGGUGAUAUAAAUGUUGAAGGCCCUGAGGUGAAAGGAGGCAAAUUCAAAAUGCCCAAAUUUGAUGUUUCACUUCCAAAGAUGAACCUGCCAGAGGGCAAUGUGGAAAUGCCAACAGUUGAUAUUUCACUCCCAAAAGGAAAGGUCAAGGGAGAUGUUGACAUUGAGGGACACGUGGGUAAAGGAGGAAAGUUUCACAUGCCAUCGGUUGAUCUGUCUCUUCCUAAAAUGAAAGCAAAGGGAGCUGAUGUUGAAGGACCUGAAGUUAAAGGUGACAUUUCACUUCCACAAGGAAAAAUUGAAGGUGACCUCAAUGUUGAAGGCCCUGACAUAAAAGGAGGCAAAUUUAAAAUGCCAAAAUUUGAUGUUUCAUUGCCAAAAGUGAAUCUCCCAGAGGGCAAUGUCAAAAUCAAAGGCCCAGACAUUAAGGGAAGGAAGAUUGAAAUGCCAGACAUUGACAUUUCUCUCCCCAAAGGAAAAGCAAAAGGAGAUAUUGAAAUUGAAGGACAUGCUGGUACAGGAGGCAAAUUUCAUAUGCCCUCACUUGAUAUCUCUCUGCCCAAAAUAAAAGCAAAGGGACCAGAGAUAAAUAUUGAAGGUCCCGAUGUUAAAGGUGGAGAGCUAAACAUGCCAUCACUUGAUGUUUCUCUGCCCAAAAUAAAAUCUCCCAAUGUAGAUAUCAGCCUUGAGGGUCCUGAUGUCAAAGGAGGAAAUGUCAACAUCCCGACUUUUGACAUUUCACUUCCCAAAGGGAAAGUUGAGGGUGACAUAAAUGUUGAAGGCCCUGACAUAAAAGGAGGAAAAUUCAAAAUGCCCAAAUUUGAUGUUUCUUUACCAAAAGUGAGUCUCCCGAAGGUUGAUGCCAACGUGGAAGGACCAGAUAUGAAAGGAAAAAUUGAGAUGCCAACGAUUGAUAUUUCACUUCCAAAAGGAACUGCUGAUGUAGAUAUUGACAUUGAUGGGCACAGUGGUAAAGGAGGCAAGUUUCACAUGCCCUCACUUGACAUUUCUCUUCCAAAAAUCAAAGCAAAGGGACUUGACGUCAAUAUUGAAGGGCCUGAAGUCAAAGGUGACAUGUCUCUCCCUAAAAUAAAGUGUCCAGAGGUAGAUGUCAGCGUUGAGGGUCCCAGUGUUGAAGGGGGAAAGGUCAACAUCCCGACUUUUGACAUUUCACUUCCCAAAGGGAAAGUUGAGGGUGACAUAAAUGUUGAAAGUCCUGAGGUGAAAGGAGGGAAAUUCAAAAUGCCUAAAUUUGAUGUUUCCCUACCAAAAGUGAGUCUCCCAAAAGUUGAUGCCAAUGUGGAAGGACCAGAUAUGAAAGGAAAAAUUGAGAUGCCAAGUGUUGAUAUUUCACUUCCCAAAGGAAAAGUUGAGGGUGAUAUAAAUGUUGAAGGCCCUGAGGUGAAAGGAGGCAAAUUCAAAAUGCCCAAAUUUGAUGUUUCACUUCCAAAGAUGAACCUACCAGAGGGUAACGUGGAAAUGCCAACAGUUGAUAUUUCACUCCCAAAAGGAAAGGUCAAGGGAGAUGUUGACAUUGAGGGACACGUGGGUAAAGGAGGCAAGUUUCAUAUGCCCUCGCUUGAUAUCUCUCUGCCCAAAAUAAAAGCAAAGGGAGUUGAUGUUGAUAUUGAUGGACCUGAAAUUAAAGGUGACAUUUCACUUCCAGAAGGAAAAGUUGAAGGUGACAUAAAUGUUGAAGGUCCUGAGGUGAAAGGAGGGAAAUUCAAAAUGCCCAGAUUUGAUGUUUCUUUACCAAAAGUGAGUCUCCCGAAGGUUGAUGCCAACGUGAAAGUACCAGAUAUGAAAGGAAAAAUUGAGAUGCCAAGUGUUGAUGUUUCACUUCCCAAAGGAAAAGUUGAGGGUGAUAUAAAUGUUGAAGGCCCUGAGGUGAAAGGAGGCAAAUUCAAAAUGGCCAAAUUUGAUGUUUCACUUCCAAAGAUGAAUCUGCCAGAGGGCAAUGUGGAAAUACCAACAGUUGAUAUUUCACUCCCAAAAGGAAAGGUCAAGGGAGAUGUUGACAUUGAGGGACACGUGGGUAAAGGAGGAAAGUUUCACAUACCGUCGGUUGAUCUUUCUCUUCCUACAAUGAAAGCAAAGGGAGUUGAUGUUGAUGGACCUGAAAUUGAAGGAGACAUUUCACUUCCACAAGGAAAAAUUGAAGGUGACCUCAAUGUUGAAGGCCCUGACAUAAAAGGAGGCAAAUUUAAAAUGCCAAAAUUUGACGUUUCAUUGCCAAAAGUGAAUCUCCCAGAGGGCAAUGUCAAAAUCAAAGGCCCAGACAUUAAGGGAAGGAAGAUUGAAAUGCCAGACAUUGACAUUUCUCUCCCCAAAGGAAAAGCAAAAGGAGAUAUUGAAAUUGAGGGUCAUGCUGGUACAGGAGGCAAGUUUCAUAUGCCCUCACUUGAUAUCUCUCUGCCCAAAAUAAAAGCAAAGGGACCAGCGAUAAAUAUUGAAGGCCCUGAUGUUAAAGGUGGAGAGCUAAACAUGCCAUCACUUGAUGUUUCUCUCCCUAAAAUAAAAUCUCCCAAUGUAGAUAUCAGCCUUGAGGGUCCUGAUGUCAAAGGAGGAAAGUUCAAUGUCCCGGCUUUUGACAUUUCACUUCCCAAAGGGAAAGUUGAGGGUGACAUAAAUGUUGAAGGCCCUGACAUAAAAGGAGGCAAAUUCAAAAUGCCUAAAUUUGAUGUUUCUUUACCAAAAGUGAGUCUCCCGAAGGUUGAUGCCAACGUGGAAGGACCAGAUAUGAAAGGAAAAAUUGAGAUGCCAAGUGUUGAUAUUUCACUUCCCAAAGGAAAAGUUGAGGGUGAUAUAAAUGUUGAAGGCCCUGAGGUGAAAGGAGUGAAAGGAGGCAAAUUCAAAAUGCCCAAAUUUGAUGUUUCACUUCCAAAGAUGAACCUGCCAGAGGGUAACGUGGAAAUGCCAACGGUUGAUAUUUCACUCCCAAAAGGAAAGGUCAAGGGAGAUGUUGACAUUGAGGGACACGUGGGUAAAGGAGGAAAGUUUCACAUGCCGUCGAUUGAUCUGUCUCUUCCUAAAAUGAAAGUAAAGGGAGCUGAUGUUGAAGGACCUGAAAUUAAAGGUGACAUUUCACUUCCACAAGGAAAAAUUGAAGGUGACCUCAAUGUUGAAGGCCCUGACAUAAAAGGAGGCAAAUUUAAAAUGCCAAAAUUUGAUGUUUCAUUGCCAAAAGUGAAUCUCCCAGAGGGCAAUGUCAAAAUCAAAGGCCCAGACAUUAAGGGAAGGAAGAUUGAAAUGCCAGACAUUGACAUUUCUCUCCCCAAAGGAAAAGCAAAAGGAGAUAUUGAAAUUGAAGGACAUGCUGGUACAGGAGGCAAAUUUCAUAUGCCCUCACUUGAUAUCUCUCUGCCCAAAAUAAAAGCAAAGGGACCAGAGAUAAAUAUUGAAGGUCCCGAUGUUAAAGGUGGAGAGCUAAACAUGCCAUCACUUGAUGUUUCUCUGCCCAAAAUAAAAUCUCCCAAUGUAGAUAUCAGCCUUGAGGGUCCUGAUGUCAAAGGAGGAAAUGUCAACAUCCCGACUUUUCACAUUUCACUUCCCAAAGGGAAAGUUGAGGGUGACAUAAAUGUUGAAGGCCCUGACAUAAAAGGAGGAAAAUUCAAAAUGCCCAAAUUUGAUGUUUCUUUACCAAAAGUGAGUCUCCCGAAGGUUGAUGCCAACGUGGAAGGACCAGAUAUGAAAGGAAAAAUUGAGAUGCCAACGAUUGAUAUUUCACUUCCAAAAGGAACUGCUGAUGUGGAUAUUGACAUUGAUGGGCACAGUGGUAAAGGAGGCAAGUUUCACAUGCCCUCACUUGACAUUUCUCUUCCAAAAAUCAAAGCAAAGGGACUUGACAUCAAUAUUGAAGGGCCUGAAGUCAAAGGUGACAUGUCUCUCCCUAAAAUAAAGUGUCCAGAGGUAGAUGUCAGCGUUGAGGGUCCCAGUGUUAAAGGGGGAAAGGUCAACAUCCCGACUUUUGACAUUUCACUUCCCAAAGGAAAAGUUGAGGGUGACAUAAAUGUUCAAAGCCCUGAGGUGAAAGGAGGGAAAUUCAAAAUGCCUAAAUUUGAUGUUUCCCUACCAAAAGUGAGUCUCCCAAAAGUUGAUGCCAAUGUGGAAGGACCAGAUAUGAAAGGAAAAAUUGAGAUGCCAAGUGUUGAUAUUUCACUCCCCAAAGGAAAAGUUGAGGGUGAUAUAAAUGUCGAAGGCCCUGAGGUGAAAGGAGGCAAAUUCAAGAUGCCCAAAUUUGAUGUUUCACUUCCAAAGAUGAAUCUGCCAGAGGGCAAUGUGGAAAUGCCAACAGUUGAUAUUUCACUCCCAAAAGGAAAGGUCAAGGGAGAUGUUGACAUUGAGGGACACGUGGGUAAAGGAGGAAAGUUUCACAUGCCGUCGGUUGAUCUUUCUUUUCCUAAAAUGAAAGCAAAGGGAGCUGAUGUUGAAGGACCUGAAGUUAAAGGUGACAUUUCACUUCCACAAGGAAAAAUUGAAGGUCACUUCAAUGUUGAAGGCCCUGACAUAAAAGGAGGCAAAUUUAAAAUGCCAAAAUUUGAUGUUUCAUUGCCAAAAGUGAAUCUCCCAGAGGGCAAUGUCAAAAUCAAAGGCCCAGACAUUAAGGGAAGGAAGAUUGAAAUGCCAGACAUUGACAUUUCUCUCCCCAAAGGAAAAUCAAAAGGAGAUAUUGAAAUUGAAGGACAUGCUGGUACAGGAGGCAAGUUUCAUAUGCCGUCGCUUGAUGUUUCUCUGCCCAAAAUAAAAUCUCCCAAUGUAGAUAUCAGCCUUGAGGGUCCUGAUGUCAAAGGAGGAAAGGUCAACAUCCCAACUUUUGACAUUUCACUUCCCAAAGGAAAAGUUGAAGGAGACUUAAAUGUUGAAGGCCCUGAGGUGAAAGGAGGGAAAUUCAAAAUGCCUAAAUUUGAUGUUUCUUUACCAAAAGUGAGUCUCCCAAAGGUUGAUGCCAAUGUGGAAGGACCAGAUAUGAAAGGAAAAAUUGAAAUGCCAACUGUUGAUAUUUCACUUCCAAAAGGAAAAGCUGACAUGGACAUUGACAUUGAUGGGCGCAGUGGUAAAGGAGACAAGUUUCACAUGCCCUCACUUGACAUUUCUCUUCCAAAAAUCAAAGCAAAGGGACUUGAUGUUAAUCUUGAAGGGCCUGAAGUCAAAGGUGACAUGUCUCUCCCUAAAAUAAAGUGUCCAGAGUUAGAUGUUAGCCUUGAGGGUCCCAACAUUGACCUUGAUGUUGAGGGACCUGAGUUAAAAGGAGGGAAAAUCAAAAUGCCAAAAUUUGACGUGUCUUUACCAAAGGUGAGUCUCCCAGAGGGCAAUGUCAGAGUGAAAGCACCAGAGAUGAAAGGAGGAAAGAUCGCUGUGCCAGCUGUUGACAUUUCAGUUCCAGUCGGAAAAGUUGAGGGAGAUAUCAAUAUUGAAGGGCCAUCUGGAAAGGAAAAGUUUGAAGUGCCAGAAGUUAACCUAUCUGGUAAAAAAGGUGGUGGGCUCCACAUGCCAUCUAUUGACCUAAAUAUCCCCAAAUUUGACCUUGACCUCAGCCUGCCUUCUGGUCUGAAAGACAGAGGUCUCAUACUGCACACCAGUGGUCCUGAUGCAUCAGGAGGUUUAGACAUGUCUGGUCUCAGAGGAGAUAUUGAUCCAGCCAAGUUGAAAGUUAAGGGUGCACACAUUGAGACAGGUAGUGUAGAAGGUCCAGGUGCAUCCAUCAAACUCCCCACUGUCAAACUCCCAACAGUUGAUAUCUCAGCUCCAAAGGUGGAUCUAGACUUUGGCCUUGCCAAACCUAAAGGCGAUGAUGUGGAAGUGGAGCUUUUAAAAGCUGAGGGAGGCAGGCCCUCAUCGGGGGGAAGCUUUGAUCUACCUGACAUCUCCCUGAAAGUCCCCAGUUUCUCUCUCCCCAGGUUUGGUGGAAAGUCCAAGAGUGGUGAUUUGCAGGUAUCCGGAAAAACCCCCAAAGGAGAAAUUUCCCUGAGCCCACCACAUGUGGAAGGAGAAAUUAGGGCACCAUCAGUAGAGUUUGAUGGGGAUGGAAAGGUCAAGGUAAAAAAACCUAAAAUCAAAAUGCCUUCAUUUGGUUUCUCUAAAAACAAUGCAGAUGUAUCUGUAUCUUGUCCUGAUGUGGAUGUUAAAGGGAAAAAGGGAAAAACUGACAUUUCUAAACCAGAAAUCAGUGUUGAGAACCCUGAUGAUAAAUCAAAAUACAAAGUGAAAUUUCCCAAGUUUAAAAUAUCAUCACCAAAAGGUAAGCUGCCAGAGGGAGAAUUCGAUACUAAACUCGAAGCAGAUGCAGGAGGGAAAGGUAGCUUUCAUGCACCUGAUGUCAGCAUCAAUCUACCAAAGUUCUCCAUGCCAGGGUUUGACUCUAAAGAAAAAGAUUUAGGUAAGCCAAGUUACACGGAUGCUAAGACCAAGGUUAAAAUGCCUUCUGUCGAGCUGUCACUACCAGCAGCCAGAACACCAGAGACUGAGGUUCUUCUCCCAAAAGCAGAGGUUGAUGUCUCAGAGGCUGAUAUCAGAGGUUAUGAGGGAAACCUCAAAAUUCCCAAAAUGCCAACAAUUGAUGUUUCCAUUCCCAAAAUAAACCUGGAUGUGUCCCUGCCAAAAAUAAAGCAUGGUGCCAAAGUGGAUGGAGAGGGAGAAGGCAAAUUCAAGAUGUCAGAUGUCAAGAUGCCUGACAUUGACAUGUCACUUCCUAAAGGAAAGACGGGCAUUGAAGGAGGUCGCAUUGGAGUCAAUGCAGAGGGAGGGAAAUUCAAAAUGCCUCACAUCAGCAUGCCUGAUGUAGAUAUAUCCCUGCCAAUAGGAAAGCCAAAGAUUGAAGGACCAGAUGGGGAAAUUAAAGGAGGUGAAGGAAAAAUCAAAAUGCCAUCAAUGCCAUUAAUAGAUGUGUCCCUUCCUAAAGGGAAAUCUGGGAAUCUUGACACUGAAAUAGAUGGUGAUGGAGAUGGCAAAUUCAAGAUACCUCAUGUCAAAAUGCCCAGUGUUGAUAUAACCUUGCCAAAUGCAAAAACUGGAAAAAUUGAUACACCAGAUAUUGAUAUAGAAGGAGAGGGGGCCAAAUUCACAAUGCCUGGUAUCAAAAUGCCAAAAGUUGACAUAACUCUGCCCAAAGGAAAGGCUAGUAAAUUAGAGGGACCAGAUGUUGAAAUAGAGGGAGGAGGAAAGUUGAAGAUGCCACAUGUCAAAAUGCCACAUGUUAACAUUAAUCUGCCAAAAGUGAAAACUGCAAAGGUUGACACACCAAAUGUGGAAGCAGAGGUUGGGGGAGGAGGAGCAAGAUUCACAGCGCCCCAUUUUAAUAUGCCUUCAGUUGAUAUUUCAAUGCCCAAAGGAAAGAUUGAAGGUCCAGAUGCUGAAAUAGAGGGAGGUGUCGGAGGAACGUUCAAAAUGCCACACAUAAAAAUGCCAAAAGUUGAUAUCUCUCUGCCAAAAGAACAGAUUGAAGGUCCAGAGGUGGAGCUCAAAGGGGAAGGUGGAAAAUUUAAGAUGCCGCAUUUAAGCAUGCCCUCUGUGGAUAUUUCACUGCCCAAAGGAACGACUGAAGGUGCAGAGGUUGAAAUGGACAUAGAUGGAGGAGGGAAAUUCAAAAUGCCUCAUAUGAAAAUGCCAGACAUCGACAUCAAUCUACCUGGAGGAAAAUCUGGCAAAAUUGAAGGAGUGGAGCUAGAGCUUAAGGGAGAGGGAGGCAAAUUUAAAAUUCCACAAGAGACAAUGACCUCAGUGGACAUUUCAUUACCAGAAAUAAAUACUGAAGUUUCCAAAGUUGAAAUUAAGGGAGAUGGGGGACAAUUUAAGAUGCCUAAUGUGCACUUGUCUCUCCCUAGAGGAAAAGCGAAUAUUGACACACCGGAAGUGAAAGUGGAGACAGAGGGGGAGGCCAUCAAACUGCCACAUAUCAAGAUGCCAAAAGUUGAUAUUUCACUUCCUAAAGGUAAAAGUAAAGAUACUGAAGCACCAGCUAUAAGGAUGGAAGUCACAGGAGGAAAGGUCAAAGGUUCAGAUGUAAAACUUCCAGAGGGGGAUGUGUCAGGUGAAAUGGAGAUCAACUUGCCAACUGUUGACGCAGGAGCAAAAAUUAAAGGUUCACAAGUCACAUCACCGGAUCUGGACAUCAAUUUAAUGCAUAGUAAACCCAAACAAGAGACAGAGGCUAAUGGUGAAGGUGAUUUGCAUGUUGAGGGAGAGCAUAAAGGUCUGAAACUCAAGAUGCCAACAAUUGAUAUUAAAGUUCCAAAAGGAGACGUGGAGCUUGACAUAGGACUUCACAGAGGAGAUGGCAAAAAGGACAAGAAGAAAGUUGAACUACCUGAUUUGGAUCUCAACACAGCAGGAACCAGCAGUAAGAUAAAGGGACCUAAAGUCAAAGGAACAAAAUUCAAGAUUGGAAUGCCAAAGAAGAAAACUGGCAGAGAUGUAACAGGUGGUCAAGUCAAACACAAAUGCGAGGCUGAAGAAAGACUUGAGUAUGAAGUUGACGUUGAAACCCACAACGGACACAAAGAGGAAAAAGAUCGUGUUAACAUUGCAAUACCUGAGGUUACAUUACCAAGUGCGCAAGCCUCAGUCAACAUAGAAACAGGCGGAGAGGGUGGCCCCUCGUCAUCCAGAACAGAAAUCAAAGUCCCCAGGAUUCCUGACAUUGAGUUUGAUAUCGGUACAUCACAGGAUGAAGAUGAUGACAAAACAGAAAAAGGCAAGAAAAUCAAAAUCCCCAAGUUUGGUGUCCCAUUACCCUCCAUCUCCUCUCCAGAGGGAAGACUGAAUAUCUAUGGGCCAGAAAUUCAGUAUGAGGGCCCCAAAAUGCCCAAAGUAAAGAAAGCUGUCUUUGUCUUGGUAAAUCCUCCUCAAACAGAUGAACCGGCUGCAUCCACAGGCCUCUUAGAAGGGGAGACAACAUCUGAGGUUGAGUCAGAGGGCGUCAAAGUGAAGAUGCCCAAAAUCAAAAUGAAACCAAGCUUUGGGAAGUCCAAAGAUAAAUCGGCUGCUGUGGGCACAGAGUGGGAGGGAGAGGGCAAGUCAAUGGGAGGGAAGAUGAAAAUGCCCCAAGUGUCAUUUUCUCCUGGCAAAUCAGGGUCAUUUGAUGUCAGAGGUUCAAGUUCGAGUCUCAACAGUGAACAAGAUGCAAGCCCUCACAAGGGUUCCAAGGACGAUAAAGGGACAUUUAGUGGUAAAAUCAAACUUCCAAAGGUGGAGUUCACCUCUCCAUAUGGCAAGAUGACUGCAGGAGAGGAGCACACAGAAAUGACUGUGAACCUGGGAAAGGAUUCAUCACCAGAAGAAGCAAGGAGAGACACUAAGGAGUUUAAUAUAAAAUCAGGCAAGAUCGCCAUUGCAGGUUUUAACAAGGAGCCCUCGGAGGAAGUGGUGUCGUCUCAUGCCAGAACAGACAUGUUGGACAGGGACAGCUCAGAGUCCCCCGCUGGUUUUACCACAGAGUUCAGCUCAACAAAGUUCCAUGCUUGGAGCGAGGUCAAGAGCAAAAGUAGGGAGUCUGAAGAAAAGGAGUCUUCCCCCUGGUUCAAGGUCCCCAAGUUCACCCUGAAGCCACACUCUACAGGCUUCCUCCAGAUAACCCCAGAGGGCUCUCCUCAGGCCCAGCGGAAGGGGGAAGUGGGAGGCGAGGUCGACGUCUUGGGGUCGUUCUGCCUCCACACCUCAGAUCUCGACUUCACCGCCCAUGAAAUGUCUGAAGAGCACCAGGUCUCCUCCUCUGUCACCAUGGUGACCAAGACCACCAGAAUCACUCGGCAAGUGGUCACCACCGAACCGCAAACGGGUGAAUCUACGACAGUGACGACGACAACUCGCCAGGUGUCGGACAACUACUGAGGAUGCUGUAAUCAUUUCUUUUAAUCUUUCUCUCUUAAUUUUUUGUUUUUCUUUUGGUGAGGUUGCAGUGUUCUUGUAAGCUAAGCCUGCAACGUGGCAGACCUCGAUUAAGUAAAAGUGUUUAUUUUAUAUUUGAAUAGAUGAGGUAUGAAUGUGGUGAAAAGCAACCAGCACUACUGUUAUUGUCACAGCAGACAGAGAAAUAUACAGUAUGCUUCCUUUUUUCAUUUUUAAAUGUGAUUAUUUUUUGUUAUUUUUGAGUUUUGUUAGUUUAGUCCUACUUAUUUAUCACAUUGUGUUUGGUUUUCACUCUGAAUGUAAACAUGUCAGAUUGCUUAAUUAUUUAUUGUUUGUGUGUUCAUAAUGGGCUGGAAUGAUUAAUCUACUCACAUCAGAAUCGUGGUCUUUGACCCAUGAUUUCAUGAGAACUUCAAAAUAAUUCAUGUUGAACCACCACAGUACAGGCCAGAGGAAUAUUUAUGUAUAUACAACUAUAUAACUGCUUUUUUAAAGCAGCAUCCCUUUAAUACAAAGUGUAAUUAUUUUCAUAUUCACCGGAGUCAGAAGUAGAAAUGAUAUUUUUUUGACCUGACGACCGAUUUUGUUUGUGAACAAAAAAAGCGUGAACUUUUUGAGGGUAUAGGCGGCCAUAGUUUUAUAUUUUUAGCAUUUAGCUGGUGCUGUUAGCCAGAGACGGUCGCUGCGAGCGAGCAGGACACUCUGGACUGUUUUUCUGCUGUGGGGAUCAAACCUGUGACCUUCUGCUCACAGGUUGCUCUCAAACAUUUAGGCCACCCUGCUGCUAAUUUAUUUCAUUUUCAUGUUUUUACUGUACGCUGCCUGACACCACUGUAUAGUUUGUGAACGAGGCUGCGACUUCGAGAUGCACCUCCUGACUGAUUUUUCUCAGCUGUGAACUGUGUUAAUUCUCAAAACAUCAAGAGCGAGCUGGGAGUUAAAUUUGGGGAUUUCUGGGUGCUUUGAGCACAUUAACAAUCGGCGAGAAGUGACCCUCCAAAAAAAAACAGCCCUCCAAAACUUAUAUUAUAUUAUGAAUCUUCAAGGCAAGUGUUUUUAGUACUUAAAAUGUUUUUAAUAAUCUGACAUUCUUCUGUUUAUUAUAUGAAUAUUUAUCAGAUAUUACAGUAUAACUUUGAAUGUUAAAAUGAUUAAUGUCAGACUGAUAAAACCAUUUCUAUUAAGUGCCUUCACCAGCGUUUCCGCCAUUUUAAAGUAAAGAAAAAACCUUGCGCUGUCUUUUUGAUAUUUAUUUUAUUGUCCCUACAUUGAGACAAUAAAAUUUAAGUUUCAUUCCCAAAUGCAGUUCCGACCCUUGGAGACUUACUUUUGAAAAACUACUGACUUUAUACACAAGCCCACUUGUAGCCACGUUUACUUAGAAAAGGACAGUUUCAGAGGAUUCAACCACGUGAUGAGCCGUUUUUCACUGUUAAGAAUGAUCACCUUUUACUUUGCGUAGGUUACCUUGCUUGAUAGAUGGAUUGAAACUGUGUGAUAAAAUGCAUGAAGAAAUCCUGACAAAAUUCGCUCCCACAUUUUUCUUAUUAACAAAUUAACACUUUGCCUGUUUUGCAGGUGAGACAUAGAUUUUUAUUUUUAAAAAAAGCUGUGAUGAGAGUAGCGACAUGUCGAGGUAACUCACACUGAGUAGGAUGUAUGUGUAUAGAGAUUUUUACCCUCCUGUUUUAAUCAAGUCUUCGCAUUUCUUUUAGAUAAUUAAGGGUUUCAGUGCCAAGUGUUUUUGUCAAAGCUGCAUUGGAGAGGAUGUUGGUUAAAAUGUUACAUCAAUAAAAUUAUAUUCCCACAAAAGAUAUUUAAAAGACA